UCGAUUUGUUCAUUCAGUUCAGUUCAGUCGCAGAUCAGUGGUGGUUGCAGGCAGACGUGUCCUUGUGUUGAAUCGUGUCCAAGCAAGCAGAGCAGCAGACGACAGUCGAAACAUGCCGGCCGACCAAGAACUCAGCUCUAUCCUGAACAGGCGUCAGGCCAUCAACUCUGCCAUCGAAGAGGGCAAACAAGUGACGCCUGUUUUCAAGAAAACUGGAAACAUCUAUACCGAGUUCCACGAAUUCUCCAGGAAACAGAUAAAGGAGUACGAGAAGGCGUUUAACAAAUAUGACUUGGGCCGAGAUGGAUAUCUGGACUUGGAUGAGCUGAAGAGAAUGAUGGAGAAACUGGGCGCACCACAAACUCACCUUGAUCUAAAGAACAUGAUAAAAGAAGUUGACGAAGACCAGGAUCAGAAGAUAAGUUUCAGAGAGUUUCUGUUGAUCUUCCGUAAAGCCAAUGCUGGUGAAUUGGUGGAAAAUGAUGGAUUGAGUCAACUGGCGAAACGAACAGAAAUUAAUGUUGAAGAAGUAGGUGUGAACGGCGCUAAAAACUUCUUUGAAGCAAAGAUUGAAGAAAUGCGAAGAGGCAGUAAAUUCGAAGAUGAAAUACGGCAAGAACAAGAAGAGAGGAGAAAAGAAGAAGAGGAAAAAAUGAGGAAAAUGAUGGCAUUCCGUGAAAAGGCAGCAAUUUUCCAAGCAAGCCAUUGACCACCAGGCUUCCAUGAUCUGAAUGUCACUUCAUCGUUACCACUUCUGCAAAUAAUCUCUGCAUUAAUACCGUAAGAACACUGUCAAUGUUGAAGUGAUGAUAUAGCCUACUUGUAUGGAUUCUAUGCGGCACAUAUUCAGUGAUCUCUAAUUUAGUUGUUGCUCUUAUUUUCAUCAGAUUAUGAAUAAGAGGCAUGUAAACGAUUUAUUCAGAAACUUUCAAACAGUUGUAAUUUAUACUUCUGUUAAGUAUACGUCAGCGUUUAGUAUAAUUUUGUUAUUUGAAGUUUGACUAUGGCAUUAAACAAGUAGAUGCUACAAUAUUGUAAUUAUUUUAAUUUGCAUUCUUGUAUAUAAAUACCUCGGCUUUUCUAGAACAGGUAGUUGAAUUUAUCAUUGAGUAGGCAACACGAAUAAACGUCUAGCUCUCACGCACACCAGAAUUAUUAUUCCCAAUUCCGAGUAUGCUAUAUUUAAUAUUCUCAUGAAAAGUAUUCAACUCAUGUUGAAAUAAUUUCCUUUCAUUUUGUUCUUUCUACUUAUUGUUGAAAGUACUAUGAGUGUUCAUAAUUAUUUUUCAAAAGAGUUGAUUAUCAACAAAGUGAUUAUAAAGUGUUUGUUGAGAAAAGCUUGAGGCAUUGCAAGAGUGCGCCAUUGUUUGCGCAUGUAUGUUUUAUUGUGUUUUUAUGUGCAAUCUGUAGAAUUUCGGUUUUUAUGAUAAAUAAAAACAUUAUUGAUUUUGAGAGAAGGAUAAACAAAUCUGUUUAAAAUUAAGAAAUCAGUAAUCUCACUUUCAUUAGUCACAGAAAUGUUUUACUUUUAAAGCUUGAGAAAUGAAUAUGUUGCUUGUUAUUUUUUUGUAAGAAAACUAGUUUCUAUAAGACUAGUAUGCUGAUUGGAUCGAGUUUCAUAGAAAUGUUCUUUGUUUUAACCUAUAUUUUUUCUUGUGAAAAUCAAUUUUUAGGAAAACAUAGUGUAUGAGCCACGUGCCUCAGUAUUAAGAUAUAUUUAUUGUGAUAAAUCUAAAAUUAUUGUUUAUUCUUCUUAGAAGUAAGAUAUUCCUAAUCUUGUAAGAAAAUAUUUUAAUUACUAAAUGUUAAAAUACGUAUCAAUAAAUAGAUAUUUUUCCUAA